AUGCUCCCCUCGCGAGGGCACUGUUUAUUGCAGGCAUGCGGUAGCAGGGCAUCACUUCUACAAGUUGCGUUCAAACACCAACCGGCGAAAAAGCACUGGACCGAGCGGUUGCCCACAAGAAUCGGCCUCCGUCGAUGGUUUGCCGAGAAAACGGCGAACAGGUACAACGAGGAGCGCGUCAAAAGUAUAGGGCCGGACUUGGCGUGUCUGGAAUGGCUGAUGCAUUGUGGGGCCAGUGAGGUCCGAAUGAGCUGCGGGACCAGCAUCAAGAGCAUAAGUGCAAUGAACAAGUAUUUGAAGCAGGCACUCGCUGGCGAAAUUGAGUCCCCAGCCAAAAUCGCGCCCGGCGAUCUGGCGCACGAAGAAGCGUGGCCAAAUGCUCCGCGCGUAUAUGUGCUACAUGUUGAUGCUUCGGAUUCGGCGAUAGCGAACCCGGGAUUUGCUUACUUCCGGAAUUUACGGCGCGUAGAGGUGCUAAAGCUAAAUUUCUGCGACUAUUUUGGUGACGACGGGCUCCGAGAAUUGGCGAUGGGCAGGCCGAAGGAGACGUUGAGAAACUUGGAAAUCGUCCUCAAUCCAAAUAUGACUGACGGAGCUAUUUUCUGGUUGUCGCGACUCGUUGGGUUAAGGCGUGCCCACUUCUAUUUCCUGCCCUACGUCGCGAAUCGGCCGGCGUUUUUGCGCCAUUUACGAACGGCGCUACCGAAAGCACAGGUAACAUUUCCUGAGAUUGAGUUUGUUGGGUACGGCUACGACGAGGCGAGGCGGCAAAAUCAGAUG